CUCUGGCAGUGGAGUCACAUGUUGCACUAUCCCCUUUCUGGAGCCUAUUACAUUUUACAACAGGGCAAUUUUUUUUUAUUUUCAAUAGUGAAAGCGCACAUCAGUCCUGGGAUUCCAUCAAAAUCAGAAUUUUCCAAUUCUAAGUCCUUUUAAAGCUCUGGAAUGUCAGUGUCCAACACUCAGUGACCCGUGACAUAGACCAUAACUUAGGGCUGACUUUCAAUGUUUUGACAACAAACGGUUCCUUUAUCUUUUCAAUCUGCCUGCCUGCUUGUUGGUCUGCCUGCCCGUUCAUGGUUGCUUUGUUGAUCUAAAUUCCUGAACCGAGCCAGUGAAGCACAACCAUGUCCUUAUGGUCCCACGUUCAGAGAGGACAAACACAGAAGACUCUUGAAAUUGAACUGUCCUAAUCUCAUUACGAGCCCAGCUGCAUGUUUAGUCCCUCUUGUUUUACAGGAAAGAAACAACAAGCAGGCCUGCCUAAAUGCCUGACCUUCCUACUUUAGUUCUUGCUCUUACAUUUCUUGCUCUCCACUUUCAACGUGCAAAGGCUGAAACAGGACGUUAGCUCCCAGGCUUCUCAGCUUUUACUGGGCUCAUUCCCCCCCUCGGAACAAACCGCAGAAAGAGUUUAGAAAGUGAAAAGGGGUUUUUACCAGGACGUGUCUCAUGCUGGGUGGCGGUCUGUGCGGUUCUCCUGUCUGCUUCUAAGCUGCAGGCCCUACAAGGACACACACAUUUCUGCAGCUCUGAACGGGAGCCAAAGUAUGGACAGCAGGAGAGACCAAACUGGCCUGGGCACUCCGGAGGGCUGGGCUUGAGGGAGGGAGCGUCGGUCGAGCCCGCUGGUUUUGUGCAGGUGUGGGUGGGAAGAAAACGAGGGAGUCUGAUCAGAGAGCUUCUCUUAACUCGUCCUGGCUGUCUUUUUCUGCUCGGUGGAAACGAACAGCUGUCUAUCACUUGUACAGCGGUGUGUCACUCUGCUACACACUGAGAGCUCGCAGGUCCGUCAGACAGGUUUCCUCCAGCUCACGUACUGCAGAGUCUAAGGCUCUGCUUCCAAGAGGGGGAAAACUCCCCCCUUUUAAUUCUUUCCCCUUCCUUCCUUCAUACAGUUCACCCAAGCAGCUAGUAUUGGACUUGGCUUCUGUGCAGAGACACAGCUUCUGUCUCUUUCAACCUUUUGUUCCCCAUAUUCAAAAACAGAAAGCCGUCCAAGUGUCCUGGUUCUCCUCUUCCUUCAGGGCCUGCAGCAGGGCUUUGGCAGUAGGAGCAGUGCUGGAGCAGUGCUAAGCAGACGACUGACUGCGCAGGUGAAAAUCAAGAGCCUGACAGAUCUGACAUGAAUGACAGGAAGGGAAUUGGCAUCAUGUAGAAACCAAGUCAUUCCUCAUAAAGUCUCUACAUGUCGGAAGAGAAGGAGCUGAGAAGAGAGAGAGAGCUUCUCUAGCCUGUCUUGAAAAAAAACAGCUGCUUGAAAAAAGGGAAGUGAGAUAAUGGGCCGCUGGACUGACUUGGUCAUGUGUUUGCUUGUGCGCUCACAGGCAAGCUGGUCUCCACAAGAGAGCACAGAGCAGAGACCUCCUGCUGUCGUGAUGGGUUCAACUGCAGUUACCCACCUGGUCCUGCUGCUCAGCCCUGCCCUCGUCCUCACCCUCGCCAGCUGGGACAGUGCUUCGCCCCUCCAGAGCACGUUCUGUACGUGGGAAUGCAUGAAGUUCACUUUGCUGUGGCCAGGAUCGUUCUGUACGACCCUGAAGAAAAUCGAGUGUUUGAUCCCAGAGUAUGUGAAGACCUGGACCAUCCACGGCCUCUGGCCGAUGUCCACAGGCAGGUGCUGUGGCUGUUGGCCCAUUUUCCCCUCUGACCUGGAGGAACUGCAGCCGGAGCUGUCUCGCCUGUGGCCUACGCUGUUGAAGUCCAAAUCCAACUUCACCUUCUGGAAGGACGAGUGGAUCAAGCAUGGCUCCUGUGCUGGCUGUGUGGAGGGCAUGAACUCCCCCACCAGGUACUUCCAGACGUCCCUCAAGCUACGAGCCCACUUCGACAUCGACAGGGCCCUACAGGAUGCUGGCAUUGAGCCUUCCUGCAACAAAUCCUACACGAAACAAACACAACUUGACAUCACAGCAAAGAGAUGAAGAUGCAUAUGAAUUUCCAGCACCGGAUGUAGAGAGAUCUGAG